AUGGUUCGCCUGAGCCAGCUCAUCAGCUGCCUGGGCCUGGCCUCCGCCGUCACCGCGGUCGUCGACCUGGUGCCCUCCAACUUCGACGACAUCGUCCUCACCUCCGGCAAGCCCGCGCUGGUCGAAUUCUUCGCCCCCUGGUGCGGCCACUGCAAGAACCUGGCCCCCAUCUACGAGGAGCUCGGCGAGUCCUUCGCCCACGCCUCCGCCAAGGUCACCGUCGGCAAGGUCGACGCCGACGAGCACCGCGACCUGGGCCGCCAGUUCGGCGUCCAGGGCUUCCCCACCCUGAAGUGGUUCGAUGGCAAGAGCGACCAGCCCGAGGACUACAAGGGUGGCCGCGACCUCGAGUCCCUGUCUGCCUUCAUCACCGAGAAGACUGGCGUCAAGCCCCGCGGCCCCAAGAAGCCCGAGAGCAAUGUCGAGAUGUUGACCGAUGCCAACUUCAAGUCCGCUAUUGGGGGUGACCAGGCUGUUCUCGUUGCGUUUACCGCGCCGUGGUGUGGCCACUGCAAGAACCUCGCCCCCACCUGGGAGCUCCUCGCCAACGACUUCGCGCUCGAAUCCUCCGUCGUGAUCGCCAAGGUCGACGCCGACGCCGAGAACGGCAAGGCCACUGCCCGCGAGCAGGGCGUCUCCGGCUACCCCACGAUCAAGUUCUUCCCCAAGGGCUCCUCCGAGUCGGUCCCCUACAACGGCGCCCGCUCGCAGCAGGCCUUCAUCGACUUCCUGAACGAGCAGACCGGCUCUCACCGCGCCAUCGGCGGCGGCCUCGACGCCAAGGCCGGUACCAUCGCCGCCCUCGAUGCCCUGCUCGCUACCUCCACCCCCGUUGAACUGGCCGCCGCCGCUGCCGACCUCAAGGACAAGUACGCUACGUACUACGUCAAGGUCGCCGAUAAGCUGAGCCAGAACGCCGAGUAUGUCCACAAGGAGCUUGCCAGGCUGGAGAAGAUCCUGGCCAAGGGUGGCUCCGCCCCUGAGAAGGUCGAUGAUUUGGUCUCCAGGAGUAACAUCCUCCGUCAGUUCUUGGCUGGUGAGGAGAAGGAGGAGAAGGAUGAGUUGUAGAUGUUUUCCGGCUUGUAUGGGUUAUGAAUUCGCUUGGGGGGGGGGGGGGGGGG